AACGAUAAAAGAAAGAACGAAAGAAAAUGUCUAUGAAGAAGCUGCAAACCGAGAUCGACAGGGUCUUGAAGAAAGUUAGCGAAGGAGUAGAUGCCUUUGAGACCAUCUUUGAGAAGAUUCACUCAACUACGAAUGCCAAUCAAAAAGAAAAAUACGAGCAAGACCUAAAGAAAGAAAUUAAAAAGCUCCAGCGCCUACGCGAUCAAAUCAAAACCUGGCUAUCGUCUAAUGAAAUUAAAGACAAAAGAGCAUUACUGGAAAACCGCAAACUCAUUGAGUCUCAAAUGGAACGAUUCAAGGCAAUCGAGAAAGAGAUGAAGACCAAGGCCUAUUCAAAAGAAGGUCUUAUGCAAAAAGAAAAGAUGGAUCCAAAAGAGAAAGAAAAGAUGGAGACAUGUGAAUGGAUCUCAUCUGCAGUAGAUGAUCUGUCAAGGCAGGUUGAAGCAGCAGAGUUUGAACUAGAAACCCUCCAAAGCACUACACGAAAAAACAAAAAAGACCACGCAAAGGCAGAGCGUGUGAGCAAGAUCGAACACUCUUUAGAACGGAAUAAGUGGCAUAUUAAUCGUCUAGAGCUCACAUUACGACUUUUGGAAAAUGAUCACUUAGAGCCUGAAAAGGUUAUGAACAUUCAAGAUAAUGUCAAAUAUUACCAAGAUUUUAAUCAGGAACCUGAUUUUGAUGAAGACGAAUGUAUCUACGAUGAACUUAAUUUGGAAGAGGAAGAGGCAUUAUUUGCAAUCGGAGCAGAGGAACACAGUGCAGCGCAAGAAGAGGAAGCUUCCAAACGAUUAGCUAAAGAAAAAGACGAUGAAGAACUUUUGAACUCACCUCGCAAAUUAGAUACCGAACAGAGCAGUCCAAAAACAAUGUACUCUGAAGAGGCGCCGGCAACCCCUAUAGAUGAAACACGAUCUACACCCAGUCCUGUUAAGGCAGCUGCGAUCCCUCCAUCUGACCUCCAAUCUCCCGUCAAGUCCCAUGAACCCACACCUUCUGCACUAAAAUAUGCUCAGGCAGCAGCAGCAGCAGCUUCUCUCCCUAGUGGAUUUGAGCCUCUUCGAUCCAAUAAACCUGAAGAUGGUAAAGAUGAGAAGCAGGAAAAUGCUUGGGUAGAACCUCCUAAGAUUUUGGAUCAACCCAAGAGUUCUCAUGGUCAGCAGCAACAGCAACAGCAACAGCAACAGCAACAGCAUCAACAAGCAUAUUCGAUGCCACCGACACAGUCACUACUAUCGUCCCAAUACUCUGGGAAACCAACUUCGGAUAUGAAUGAGUCCCGCCUUCCGUCAUCUCUGGCCGAUUUGGCACCUGCCUUUGAAGCUAUUCGUGCAAAAGCUACAGGAAAAGAAGAUAUGAUGUACACGCAUCAAAUGCUGGAUGCAAGUUUGCAACACGUACCGGAUUUAAUUGAUUCAGAAAGGCCCAAGAUGUAUCAGCCCAGAACACCUUUUCCUACUGCCAGCUAUUACCCCCAACAGCCUUUGGCUAUCUUUGAUAAUCCUGCGUUGUUUGAGAAGUUUGAUAUGGAUGCACUAUUUUUCAUAUUCUACUAUCAGCAAGGAUCUUAUCAGCAGUACCUGGCAGCGAAAGAACUGAAGAAACAGUCUUGGCGCUUUCACAAAAAGUAUCUUACAUGGUUCCAACGCCAUGAGGAGCCCAAGAUCAUCACCGAAGAUUAUGAACAGGGCACUUAUAUCUACUUUGACUAUGAAGGAGCCUGGUGUCAACGGAAGAAGAUUGAAUUCCGGUUUGAAUAUCGUUAUUUGGAAGAAGCAUAACUAAUUGCAAUUGUUUCUAAAGAACAAUUUAUUUUAUUUUUUCAUUCUAAAUUGAUAUACAUUAUAUAUUAUGUAUAUGUAUAUGUAUACUACAUCCCUUUCUAUAACUUCCUAACCUUCCGUUUAUCCUUCUUCUAUAUACAAUCCUUUAUAUAUAUUUUUAGUAACACAUUUUAUAAAAUAUAUAUAAAAUACAGGUUUCUCUCUCUCUCUUUAACUGC